AUGUCUCUCCUAAUCUUGCUCGUCCUGUUCUUUACGAAAUGCGAAUCUGCUUCAAUAUUUUCGCCUGUCUCCAGCGGCCUUGAGGCGGUUUCUGGUUUUCCUGCUCAAUACGACCUAAACAACCUGUUUUGGAGUCCACAGCCUUCGUAUAAUUCGGCUUCAGGCUCUUCUCUCGGUUUUCCGGCCAAUUCAAUGCUCUAUGAUGGCACCAUGUUCUUGCCAAAAAUCGGCCGGAGCCUGGGUGAUCCGACGCUUCAGAUGAACGGUUUUGCUAUGAACCCAGCAGCCAGAACUGCCUCUGCAAAUCUAGGUCAAAUGAUGCCUCUAGCCGCUGCACAAUCUACUUUUGGCCGAGCAAGCCCGGAUAGUUCGAAUAUGCUUUUUCCCGGAUCCCCCAGUCCCCUUUCCUUUGGAGCCAGUUCCUCCUUUAGUAUGAAUCCAACUAUGGACAUCGCCGGUUUGUCAGCAUUAGACCAGCAUAAUCAGGCUGUACUGUUUGGCGCUCCAGGGGAUGGCAUUAUCGGAGCUGCCGGUGAGAUUCUUGGAAGCUCGGAAGACACGGCUGCAAUCGAGACGGCUGGGCAGAUGGAUCUGACUGGCUCGCAGAAUGGGCGACAGUCGUUCCUCAGCAAAAGCCUCUUACGCCCCGUCUCGGCUAGUCUUGAAGAUAUGGGUUUGUCUGAUGAUUCUAAUUCUGGCUCUGAUUUGGCAGCGUUGCGACAUAGACAACAUGACCAAAAUUUGCAGAAUAUGAUAAUGCAACACGUUGCUACUUCCCCGUUCCACUUCCAUUCUGCCUGGCCAGGUCAAGUGUCUGCUGAGGCUAAUUCUGUUCCAAAAUCCCAGAAUUCAAUUCAGGCGUCUGGCCUUGAGGCUCAAAUGGCCAGAGCCCCCAUCCGCAGUUUCAUGCGAAAUCAACAGUUCUUCCAAUGA